AUGACUGAAAUGUGUGUAAAUAAUGGGCAAAAGCGUCCAGUUAUUCGAUAUACCGAUUUUGAUUUGCCAGAACAUUGGGACAUUCAAUCGGAAAAUAUUGCACAAUUUCCGUUACAAGUUAACUCAACUGAAUACAAUGAAGUUCGUGCUUUAUUUGACAAAACAAUGGCUAAACAAUAUAGUGAAAUAGUUCGUAUAGAUCGUAUCCGAAAUAAACAAUGGUAUAUGCAAUACAAUUUCUAUAAAACUUUCUCACCAAAGAAAAAUACAGAAAAAAAAUUAUUUCAUGGUUGUUCACAAGAAGUAGCUUCACUCAUUAUUAAUACAUUUUUCAAUCGAUCGUUUCCUGGAAUUAAUGAUGUCGUAUAUGGACAAGGAGCUUAUUUUUCAGCAGACGCUUCUUAUAGUCACGAUCAUACUAGGCCAAGUAUGCUAAACGGUGAACGAUGUAUGUUUGUGGCAAAUGUAUUAGUAGGUAAUAGUGCACUAGGAAACCGACACAUGAAAACACCACCUUCAGGUUAUGAUUCAACAACUGAUGGAAAACAUAUCUUCGUCACAUAUCGUGAUGAUCAAGCUUAUGCAGCAUAUCUUAUUGUUUACAAAUAA